GAAUAUCUCAAAUAUUUCCGGGCAUUGAAUCUGCUCGACCAGGAUGCAAACCUGGAAUACAAGCGUUGUGCUUAUUACACGAUGCAAUGGACAAAGCAAAGUCAAUUAUUCAGGAAUGCUCCGAGUCUAGUAAACUUUAUUUGGUAUAUAUUCCUCUCAGAGUGAAAACUUACAUAAGAACUAAAAAAUGACCACACUAUACAUGGCAUAAUGUAAACGGUCAUGCUUGUGGGGAGAGGAUGGGGAUUUAUUUAACAUGUAUUGGGAUGAUCAUGGAUGCAAAGUGCUUUUGUACAGAAAAAUCUUGGAAUUUUUUGCAUCAAUUCUCAGAAAAAGAGGAAAGAGAUGACUCUUCCGGGUAACAAGUCUUUUUUUCCUUAUGAAUUGUCAACAAGCUAUGUUGAAUAUCCUGGUGCUAUGUGCAACAUGAUCGUGUUUUAGGAACUCCAGUUUUAUUCUUCCUAGUGAGAUUUGUAUCAUGUAACAAACCUAAACUCUUAUGUGUUUACUCUCAUGUUUUUAAUUAUAAUUUUUAAAGUUUUUCUUCAUUUUGCUUCUUUUUUUUUUUUUUUUUUUUUUUUGGUCUCUAUUUCUUUAAAGGUAAUAUGACCCUACGAUAAUAAGAUCUCAUUCAGCAUAAUGAAACUGUGUCGAUUUAAUUUAAGUACAUCAAUUUUAUAUGUUUCUUUUUGGUAAAUAUUGAAGCAUUGUCGUCAAAAUUUCCUUUUUGUUGUCUCAUAGCUCUUUGAUAGUACAUGUUACAUAUAGAAAUAAAAAGUAUGAAAUUUAACAUUUGCAUUAGCCUAAUACCAUUUUGAGACCUCUCCUUUAAACUUUACGUGAGAAUACCACUUUUUUCCGUUUGUGUAUGUAUUUAUAUUAUGAAUUGCAUUCGCUUUUUAAGGCGAUAACAGCUGAUAAAGUAGUCAAGAGAUGUGAAAGAAUAAGAGACGCUUUGGAUUCAUGUUUGAGCCAAAUUCAGAAUUUGGUUCCUGUACUGUUGGCUGCAAAGAUAUCUGGAAUUAUUCAUGAUCUAAGGAGUGCAAAGUUUCCUUUAAUUUCCGCUGAAGAUGAGGCUAGGGGGGCUUUACUAGUACUGCUUCGGCGGGAUAUAAAUGCAUCAAGUACAGUGAACAAUGAAGAACUUGAGAUUCUUCUACUUGCAGCUUCAAAACUUAACAUUACGUCACCUGUGGCUCUCUUGAUAGAGAAAAGGUCUAUAAAGAGACUGCUCGAUAAAGUCAAUGAUACCGAAAUAAAAAAGACAAAAAUCUUAAAGUACCUCCUGUAUCUUUUGAGGAAGUAUACAGGGUUUAUUAAUGAAGGCACCUUUUCUCAGCAGGAAGGGGGAUGUAGCGAGGUUACUGAGCCUGAACUUCAGUUUGAAUAUGUGAGAGAUGAAAGUCAAGCAGCCGAAUUUGGUGGUACACCUCAACCUCCUGAUGCAUUUAAAUGUCCCUUCUCUAUGAGUCUGAUGUAUGAUCCGGUAAUUAUUGCAUCUGGGAAGACAUUUGAACGAAUAUGGAUAGAGAGGUGGUUUAAUGAGGGUAAUGAGACAUGCCCAGUAACUCAUAAGAAGCUGGACCAUCUCACUGUGACUCCAAAUUCUGUAAUGAAGGAUCUUAUUUCACAGUGGUGUAUGAAGUGUGGAAUCACUGUUCCUGAGCCUUGUUCACAACCGUUUCCUGCUCCACAUUCCAGUCCAAGAAUUUUGCGUUCUGGUUCAAUUUCUAGCUUUGGAAGUUAUAUGAAUGAUUUACGCCUUCAAGUUAGCCACGUGUCACUUCGCUCUUCAGAUUCCAGUCGUGGUUCACCUUUGUUAGAUGACAAAGUUGGUGGUGGAUCUAAGAGUGGGCUGGUGCAGAUGGAUGCAGAGUCUCAGAACAUUCAAUGUUGUUCAUUUGGUCGUGAAAAUACUAACGCCUUUCUUUCCAGACUUGAAGAACUUUCGUGGGAAUCGCAAUGCAGGGUUGUGGAAAAUGUCAAAAAGCAACUGGAAGUGGAAGAUAACCACGAUUCAGAUGUUCCAACGAUUGGUAAUGACCAAAUUAUGCUGCUGGUCAAAUUUAUGAAGAAUGCAAGUGAAAUAAGUGAUGCAAAAGCACAUAGAGAUGGAGUAGAGGUGCUUUGGGCUAUUUUAUGUAGAAACAGAAGAGAAAUUCCACCUUUUCAUGAAGAUGUCAUUCAUGUCUUGGCUCCAUAUCUGGGUUCAGAAAUCGCCGAAAAAGUCCUUGAAAUCAUGGAAGUGCUAUCUCGUGAGAAGUACUUCAAGUCUGUAAUGUUGGCUUCUGGUACUCUUCCUUCCAUCCUUGAAGCCCUUGAAACUCGGAUAAGAAAGUUACAUAGUCUUGCUUUGAAAGUUGUUUGUAACUUGUCCACUCACAAUGACACUGGGUAUCACAUGGUCUAUUUGGAUUGCAUCCCAAAGCUGGUUCAACUUUUAGGCGAUAGAACUCUUGCAUUAUAUUCCAUUAAAAUCUUGAAGAACUUGAGCCAAAAUGGAGAGGCGAGAAUUGCAGUUGCUGAAAGCAUUGAAUGCCUUGAUGCCAUUGACAGACUACUAGAAAAUGGUACAAAGGUGGAACAGGAAAAUGCGGUGGAUGUUCUGCUUUACCUAUGUCAUGGAUGCCCGGAGUAUAUUCAACUGGUGAAGAGAGAGAGCAUUAUAGAAUCCUUGGCGAGUAUAUAUGCGAAUGGAAAUUCCAGGGGAAAAGAGAUAAGUAGAGAGCUAAUCCAGCUCUUAGAUACUAUCACAGAUGAUAAUACUUCACAUUGUCAAAUUGCUAAUGCAGAAAUCCCAAGUGGCUCUGCUAAGAAAUCAUCUACUAAAGCAUUUCGGUUUCUGGCAAAGAAAAUGCCAGUCUUUUCGAAGCCCUUCUCUUAACCAUAUUGGAGAUUUAGAAAAGAGUUUUGCAGUUGGAGUAGCUUUGCUAGUUUUAGUUAUUAGUAGUGAUGAAUUUGGUAAAUGAUUAUUAUUUUAUAGCAAUUUUGUAAAUUAUUAUUUGUUGGACUUUUUAACUAGCGAAUAAUGUAUUUUGACCCCCACCCCCCCCCCCCCCCCUCUCUCCAAAAAAAAAAAAAAAAAAAUUGUGAAGGAUGUACAGUCGGUCCUUUUAAUGUAGGAACCAGUAGUAGUAUCUUUUUCUAUUCAGAUUCAAUUUUGGUAUUAAAUUGUAACCAAUAAUAUUAUUACAAUUGAUUCUAAGAA